AUGCUUCCAUUCCCAACAUUUCUAGUGCUCCUGUACAUCUCCAUAUCCUAUGUAUUACCACUCUAUGCAACUUCACAACCAGAAAGGUCUAAACGAGAUAAUCCUCGAACCAUUAAAUCUCGGAUGCAGAAACUGACAAUUAUGCUAAUUUCCAACCUCUUUUUGGUGCCUUUUUUACACUCUAAACUAUCCAAACUAUCUAGUACCACUUCGCAUGUCAGUUUCAAAGAUGCCUUUUUCGGUUUAGGCAUCAUUCCCGGUUAUUACGCUGCAUUACCAGACCCUUGGCAAUUUGGCCAGUUCGUGAAAGAUUUAACGAAAUGCGUUGCGAUGUUAUUGACCUUGUAUUGUGGACCCGUAUUGGAUUUUGUAUUAUAUCAUCUACUAAAUCCAAAGAGCUCUGUACUCGAAGAUUUUUACCAUGAGUUCCUAAACAUUUGGAGUUUCAGAAAUUUUAUAUUUGCACCAAUAACCGAGGAAAUAUUUUACACAUCGAUGCUAUUGACGACCUACUUAAACCUAAUACCACAUUCGCAACUUAGUUAUCAACAGUUAUAUUGGCAACCGUCACUGUUUUUCGGACUCGCGCAUGCACAUCAUGCUUAUGAGCAAUUCCAGGAAGGCUCCAUGACAACAAUUUCCAUUUUGCUGACCACAUGCUUCCAAAUUUUAUACACAACACUUUUUGGAGGGCUAACCAAGUUUGUAUUCGUAAGAACAGGAGGGAACCUAUGGUGCUGCGUCAUCUUACAUGCCUUGUGCAAUAUUAUGGGUUUUCCUGGUCCGUCAAGAUUGAAUUUACAUUUCACAGUAGUAGACAAGAAAGCCGGACGCUUUUCGAAAUUGGUCUCAAUCUGGAAUAAAUGCUAUUUCGCAUUGCUGUUCGUUGGUUUAAUAUCCCUGAAGGAUACCUUACAAAGUUUGGUAGGGACUCCCGGUUACAGAAUAACACUUUAA